AUGGAUUUAUUAAAUGCGGGGUUGGAUGAUAUUCGCCUUAUAGGGAUUUGGGGGCCGGGAGGGAUUGGUAAAUCAACUCUAGCAGAAGUCAUUUAUUGUAAAAUAUCUACUCAAUUUGACUCCAAAAGCUUUAUUCGUAUUGGUUUUGUUAAGGAAACAAGAAAUGAUGAUCUUGUUCCUUUACAAAAAUGCCUUCUUUCUAACAUCUUGAGUGAUAGAGAAUUAAGUAUAACGAGUGUUGGUGAAGAAAAGAAGAUUCUAAGGCAAAGGCUCCAUCAUAGAAAGGUUCUUAUUAUUCUUGAUAAUGUGAAUAAAAAAGACCAACUGGAUGCACUUGUAGGAAGCCGUGAUUGGUUUGGUCCUGGGAGUAGAAUCAUUAUAACAAGUAGAGACAAACAGUUGUUGACAACACAUGAAGUGAAUGAUAUGUAUGAGGCAAAAAGACUUGACAAUGAGAAAGCAUUAGAGCUCUUUAGUCAAAAAGCCUUCAACCAACCCCAUCCUAAAAGAGGUUUUGAGGAUUUUUGUAUCGUUGAAGUAUGCUAA